GUUAGUAUUAACCCAGCUGCUAUGGAAAUUUCCAUAUACCAUUGGGGCUUGUUUGCCAUGAGUUUAACCGCAUUUUUUAUAGAACCGCACGGAUUUAAAAUGGGAAAGGUUGAUAUUUUGUUCAAAUACUCCGAACCCUGCCCGCCAGACGGAAAUACCAAAGAUCUGUGGAAUUUCACGAUGAAGACGAAGAAAUUGUCGAGGAAGGCGACCGCUGUUACUUUCACCACCAUACCAAAACAUGCGAUUGACGAACAUAUCGGAGCCCAAUUGGAUGUCUCGGUUGCUUCCGGAAAUGGAGGUUGGAAACCAAAUUAUUACACCGUACGUUCGAACGAUCUCUGCAAUACCUUGAAAAGUCAGAAAAACGUAUUUAAACAGUUAACCGAAAACUCAAAUAUCUCAGCACGAUGCCCAUUUCCAAAAACUCCACUCGCUUUGAACAACUACAUUGUGAACAUGGAUGACUAUAAUCUUCCAAAAUACUUGCCAUAUGCCUCUGUCAUGUUGGAAUUGUUCAUCUUAGAAGGUAAAAAGAAGUGCAUCUGCGUAAGGUCUUUUAUGGACUUGGUGCCGGCAAAGCAAUAGACCCGAAUUAAGGGUUCAGUUGUGGAUUUAAAUAAAAUUUCUUUCAAUUAUUGUCUUGUUGAAAGUAUAACACAA